UUCUUCUAACAAAAGAGUAUUCAAGGUUUUAUCCAAAAAAUAAAAAUAAAAAGAGUAUUCAAGAUUGGUGGCGCCUUUUGCUUUUUGUUUAUUCACUAAGUUACUCUGUUUAGUUGUAUAAAUACACUUCCCCAUUGUGUAUUUCUUUUCAUCAACCACAAAGAUCUCUCUACUUCAACAAAUCUUCACAUUACUUUUAAGAACAAAAAAAAAACAGCGUUAACUAAUGGCAGGAAUCAAAGUUUUUGGCCAUCCAGCUUCCACAGCCACGAGAAGAGUUCUCAUCGCUCUACACGAGAAGAAUGUCGACUUUGAAUUCGUUCAUGUCGAGCUCAAAGAUGGUGAACACAAGAAAGAGCCUUACAUCCUUCGUAACCCCUUUGGUAAAGUUCCAGCCUUUGAAGAUGGAGACUUCAAGAUUUUCGAGUCAAGAGCAAUCACUCAAUACAUAGCUCAUGAAUUCUCAGACAAAGGAAACAACCUUCUCUCAGCUGGCAAAGGCAUGGCGAUCAUAGCCAUGGGCAUUGAAAUUGAAUCGCAUGAGUUUGAUCCAGUUGGUUCCAAGCUUGUUUGGGAGCAAGUCUUGAAGCCUUUGUAUGGUAUGACCACAGACAAAACCGUUGUUGAAGAAGAAGAGGCUAAGUUAGCCAAAGUCCUCGAUGUUUACGAACACAGGCUUGGUGAGUCUAAGUAUUUGGCUGCUGAUCACUUCACUUUGGUCGAUCUUCACACUAUCCCUGUGAUUCAGUACUUACUUGGAACUCCAACUAAGAAACUCUUCGACGAGCGUCCACAUGUCAGUGCUUGGGUUGCUGACAUCACUUCUAGGCCUUCUGCUCAAAAGGUUCUUUAAGUGAAUCAGAAGAUUUGAAUAAAAGUGGCGAUGACCUAAUUGCCUCAAUUCUCUCACAAACAAUAAAAGUGGCGAUGACCUAAUUGCCCAAUUCUCAUCAACUCUGUUUUGCUUUUUGGUGUGUUUCCUCUGUUUUCUGCUUCUGAGUGAUUGGUUUGAAUGUAAUCUUCAAUAAUGAGUCUUCAUAUAUAAUAAAAUAUUUUAUCUUAAAGUUUAGCCACCAAUUAAUGUUCA